CAAUCUCCAACUCUAUGGUAUUCUCUGUGCUGCGUGCGCACCGUGCCCAAUCUCCAACUCUAUGGUAUUCUCUGUGCUGCGUGUAUUAGCUGACGUUCGUGCCUAAUCUCCAACUCUAUGAUAAUAAACGCUCGAUCCAAGAUUUGUUCUUCCGGGCGGUGACCUACGCAAACCGGAAGUAGAAGACAAGCGCUCAGGAUCCGAAGAAAGACCAUCGAGCGCAAGCUGGGCUGCUGGGGCGAACACCUGGAAAACGUGAGCACAAUAAAUAUUCACCAUAAUUGUUAAUCAAUUAUCUCGUAAUUCAGCGCUCCUUACUGGACAUGAACACCGAGCACACUAACAGGAGCCAUAGCAAACCAUGUCACAUGUGACUAGCUAUGUACUAACAGCUAGGGCUGGCGUGAAAUGUAUCGACAGCUCGGCAAUCCGCCUCAUACUAUCACUGUGUGUAUAUCUAUCUAUCUGUCAUUACACUGACCCCAGCUGACUGCCUGUGCCCCUUUGUAAUACAUACAUUACAUAUACUUGUUACAUUUCUAUCUGUUACUAUGUAGGGAUGUUUGGUUAAGUUGGAUUUUGCAGGGCGGUAAUUACUUUAAUUGUGCAACUAGUAUGCAAUUCUCUAAUUUCUAAUAUUGUACAUUUCCCACCUACUACGAAUCAGAUUUUAGCUUUUUCUUUUGCAUUCCCUCUUCUAAACAGCCUGAAUAAUAUGUUUUUAGUGAGCAGCGCAGGUCUUUAUUAUUUCUUAAAACGGGUACUGAUGAUGAAAAUACAGUUUAGAGCAAAGUCUCUAGCCUAUAGAAAUUUCUGAAUUGGCGAUUUCUCCUCUCCCCCCCUCCCCCCCACUGUUAAAUUGUUUGUCCAAAAAUAAAUUGCACUAUAUUCUAGCCAAUUCCUUAUUCUGGUAGCAAACUAGUGAAAGAUCUUGUGAUAUGACAAUAAUUAUUCAAAUGUGAGCAACCCUGGAGAAGGACGAUAUGCUAACCAUGUAAAAUAAAACUGCAUGCACUUUUUUUCUAUCCUAGUACUUUGCCUGUAUCAGACCGCUAUGUCUUCAGAUUCCUCCAAGAAGAGAAAGCCAAAAGUUAUUAGAAGCGAGGAAGGAAAGAGAAGCCGUCAUGAUGAACAGGUAAUAUUAAUUUUAUGAAACACUGAUAGGACUGUGCAUUUUUUGUGAACUGUAUCAUUUUGUUAAUAUUCUAUGUGAUUGCCAUGUAGGAGGGGCGAUAUUACAAUGAGGAGGCAGAGGUGGAUACACGUGAUCCUAGAAAGGAUUACCAACUUUACAAGGAUACCUGCCAGGAUUUACAGAGACUGAUGGCAGAAAUCCAUGAGUUAAAAAGCAAAGGCAGCAAAGAUGGGGUAAGUGUGUUACACUAAUGUAUAAAACAUACAUUCAUUGCAAGUGCUGUGGAGCAUCCCAAAACUACCUUAAAGAUGUGAUGUGUAACAACUUGUUGCACUUCAGAGAUGUGAAUACCGUAUAUACUCGAGUAUAAGCCGACCCGAAUAUAAGCCGAGGCCCCUAAUUUUACCCCAAAAAACUGGGAAAACGUAUUGACUCGAGUAUAAGACUAGGGUGGGAAAUGCAGCAGCUACUGGUAAAUUUCUAAAUAAAAUUAGAUCCUAAAAAAAUUAUAUUAAUUGAAUAUUUACAGUGUGUGUAUAUGAAGAAUGCAGUGUGUGUGUAUGAAUGCAGUGUGUGUAUGAGUUUGCAGUGGGUGUAUGAAUGCAGUGUGUGUAUGAGUGCAGUGUGUGUAUGAAUGCAGGGUGUGUGUAUGAGUGCAGUGUGUGUAUGAUUGCAGUGUGUGUAUGAAUGCAGUGUGUGUAUGAAUGCAGGGUGUGUGUAUGAGUGCAGUGUGUGUAUGAAUGCAGUGUGUGUAUGAAUGCAGGGUGUGUAUGAAUGCAGGGUGUGUGUAUGAGUGCAGUGUGUGUAUGAAUGCAGGGUGUGUAUGAAUGCAGUGUGUGUAUGAAUGCAGGGUGUGUGUAUGAGUGCAGUGUGUGUAUGAAUGCAGGGUGUGUAUGAAUGCAGUGUGUGUAUGAAUGCAGUGUGUGUGUAUGAGUGCAGUGUGUGUGUAUGAAUGCAGUGUGUGUAUGAAUGCAAUGCAGUGUGUGUGUAUGAGUGCAGUGUGUGUGUAUGAAUGCAGUGUGUGUAUGAAUGCAGGGUGUGUGUGUGUGAUGCAGUGUGUGUUUGUGUUGCAGAGCCUUGGUGGGGGGUGGGCAUUUUUAUAAAAAAAAAUCUAUUAUUAUUUUAAUUUUUUUUGUUAUAUUAUUAUUUUUUUAUUAUUAUUUUUUAAUUAUUAUUUAUAUUUAUAUAUUAUUAAUUAAUAUUAUUUGAUUUUUUUGUUAUAUUAUUUUUUUUAUUAUUAUUAUUAUUAUUUAUAUUUAUGUAUUAUUCAUUUAAUUAUUUUUGUCCCCCCUCCCUGCUUGAUAUAUGGCAGGGAGAGGGGCUCUCCUUCCCUGGUGGUCCAGUGGCAUUGGCAGUUCAGUGGGGGGGAGGAGGGAGGCUGGCAGAGCUGUUACUUACCUCUCCUGCAGCUCCAGUCAGCUCUCUCCUCCUCCGCGCCGGUCCGUGCAGCUCUUCUCUCAGCUCACACUGUAAGUCUCGCGAGAGCCGCACUAUGACCCCGCGGCUCUCGCGAGACUUACACUGGGAGCUGACCGAGGUGCUGCACGGACCGGUACGGAGGAGGAGAGAGCUGACAGGAGCUGCAGGAGAGGUAAGCGCUCGCUGCCAGCCCCCAGUCUGUAUUAUGGCAAUGUAAAUUAAUGUAAAUUGCCAUAAUACAGACACUGACUCGAGUAUAAGCCGAGUUGGGGUUUUUCAGCACAAAAAAUGUGCCCAAAAACUCGGCUUAUACUCGAGUAUAUACGGUACAUUUUUGUUUUCUAGAAUGCGCAUCCUUUAGUGAGGCUAAUGAAUAAUCCAAAAUUAUAAUUGUUUUUGGAAAUAAUCUUGCUUGCUGCAGUUAUUUAAUAUUCUAUCAGUUAUUUCAAUGUUUAAUAAUAUCUCCAAAUAUUGCUCUAUGUCAUUAAAAACUUUGUGUGUUGAUAAUAACUCCUUCCUUGAAUCGGGAAGCCAUCCUGGUUGUUAACUUGACUGCCAUGAGAUGUUUCUAAAUUAAUUUGAAAAGUGUCUGACGUGCUAUAGGGUUCUGGAGCGAUAAACCUCAUCUCUAGUAUUAUCUUUUUAUUGAGUAGUUCAAAAUUAUUACCACAAGAAAUGCAGAGCAAAACUGUCUUCAGAACUAAACUUAAUGUAGUGGUUCUGGUGUCUAUGGCAUGUCCCUGCAGUCUUGGCACUUAAUAUCCAGCAGUGGUUUACAUUGCUGGAUAGUAACAACUCUAGUGACAGUCAAUCAGACGGUCACUAGAGAUGUUUCCUAGUCUGUGCAUGGAGAUGCUGAAUGCUCCCGAUGGAUAUGCAUUGAUCCAAUGCGUCUCUGUGAGGAGAUGUUGAUUGACGCAUCAUGGUAUUUUGCAGGGCAUGCUCAAUACCCUCCCAGUGCUUUCCUAUUGGAAAGCAUGGGAUUGGUUUAGAUCGUCAAGACUGGUCAUCUCAGCUGUAGCAAGACCAGAGCAGCGCUGGAGAAAAGGUAUGUAAAUGGCCGCAAAAAAUAAUCGUAAUCUAGCGCCCAAGAAGUCUUCUCUCUGCAGCCCCUCUGCCAGUGGUAAGAUCAAAAUGGUUGCGAUAGUAAAUCAGAAGCUUAUAGUUUUUACAGCUGUAAAAACAUAGACUUUUAUUAUAACAUCAAUAAAAUAUUAAAUUCACAGAUCUGGGCUUCAAUAGUCCUUAGCUUAGGUCAUAUGACCAUUAUACGGCUGGGUCGGACCAUUAAUUGGAAGUAUAUGUAAAAGUUUUAAUGAAAACUGAUGCCACAUUAUUUUGAAAUACCUAGAAGAGACGGGUCCUGUUUUUUUGCUACAAUAGUUUUACAGUUACAAGCUCGAGAAUCUAGAAAACACUUUGCUCGGUGCUUAGGCACUGUCUUCCACUUAGCAGUUUGGAAAUGUUUCUUACCUCCCUUUGCUUGGGAGAUCAUUGGUCUGCUACACACCUACCACUGCCUACAGGAAAGAACAGAAUACUGACAGGUUCACAAUAUGUCCUAAGUUAUAUUGCAGUUACUUAUGACACCAUACUAUGAAUAUAUGACACAAAGGUGUUAACUCAUCGAGAACAAUUUCAGGGAUAGUGUUUUUAAAAUAAAGUAAAUUUAAACAAAUGUUCCCGUUUGCUCCAGAAUUACAACUUCAGAUUUUGUGUUUUCUAAAUAACUCCCAAAUGAGUUCAUGCAUCGAAGACAUUGCAACUUGCCAACAAGUAACUUGGCUAGGGACCAUUAACCCCUUAAGGACCAAACUUCUGAAUAAAAGGGAAUCAUGACAUGUCACACAUGUCAUGUUUCCUUAAGGGGUUAAAGGGACACUAUAGUCACCAAAACAACUUUAGCUCAAUGAAGCAGUUUUGGUGUAUAGAACAUGUCCCUGCAGCUUUACCGCUCAAUUCUGUGCUAUUUAGGAGUUACAUCACUUUGUUUAUGAACCCUAGUCAUACCUCACUGCAUGUGACUUGCACAGCCUUCCUAAACACUUACUGUAGAGUCAUCUAAAGUGUAUCCUUUCUUUAUUGCAAGUUCUGUUUAAUUUAGAUUUUUCUUAUCUCCUGCUAUGUUAAUAGCUUGCUAGACCUUGCAAGAGCCUCCUGUAUGUAAUUAAAGUUUAAUUUACAGAGCUAGAGAUAAAAUUGUUUAACCCCUUGAGGACACAUGACAUGUGUGACAUGUCAUGAUUACCUUUUAUUCCAGAAGUUUGGUCCUUAAGGGGUUAAGGUAAAUUACAUCUGAAAGUGAAGCCAAUUUUUUCCCAUUCAGGCUGUGUCAAUCAUAGCCAGGGGAGGUGUGGCAAGGGCUUCAAACAGAAACAAAGUGAUUUAACUCCUAAAUGGCAGUGAAUUUAGCAAUAAAACCUGAGAGGCAUGAUCUAUACACUAAAACAGCUUAAUUAAGCUAAAGUUGUUUAGGUGACUAUAGUGUUCCUUUAAGUAACCUGAUUAUUUGUAUUUAUUGUAUAUCUAUAAUAAACAUGAGAUAUAUAUUAGAUAUAUCUGUCUCUAAUACCCAGCAUUAUAAAAUAUUUUCCCCUUUAGGCUUUAGAGAUUGAAGAGCGAAAGAUCCAGAGCUGUGUGCACUUUAUGACUCUUAAGAAGCUAAACCGGCUUGCUCACAUCCGGCUCAAGAAAGCACGGGACCAAACUCAUGAGGUAAUGGUAUUCGUUUGUCUUCACCUUGUUAUUUUUAUUCACAAUCUGCACAAAAUAAGAGAGUAAUCUUGCUUCACAGAAACAAAAGUAAUCUGCUAACCCCAGAUAUAGUGGACAGGCCUGACUGGAUUAUCUUAUUUUGUACGUUCAUCAAAAGGUGGCAAUGUAAUCAUAUAGGAUCUUGCUAAUUUCUCUUGUAGGCCAAGCAGAAGGUUGAUGCCUAUCAUCUUCAGCUGCAGAACCUCCUGUAUGAAGUCAUGCAUCUUCAGAAGGAGAUUACAAAGUGUCUGGAGUUUAAGUGAGUACCUGCCUUCUCAACCCCUUCAACAUCAGCAGCAGCAAACUCCUCUACAAGAACAGGCCUCUAAAACUUCCUGAAUUGUAAUGCUACUUAUAUGUAUCCAGGCAGAAGUUACUUUUUAUUGGAAUGUAGUCUCUUCCAUUUACUUAUAGAAGGCAUUUUAGUAAAGGUGUUCUCAUCUCUUCAUCCUCCAUCAAUGUAUGAGUAGCUUGGGUUCCUGAAAGAAGCAAUUUGGAUUUGUUUUAUUUUUUGUUGUUCAGGUGUAGUAAUAAUGUGAAGAUUUCUUAGUUAAGUUCUUUAUUUCUUUGUAUGAAGGGCAGAAUGUCUGCUAGAAAUAUACAACCCAGUGCCCUCCUUUUCAAGAAUGUCUUGGCAUUUUUAUUUGCAGCAUAUUAACAGUACUAUAAAUUCUCAAUUUUCCAGAUCAAAGCAUGAAGAGAUUGAACUGGUGUCUGUGGAGGAAUUUUACAAAGAAGCACCAGCUGAAAUCAGUAAGGCUGAUAUUACCACAAAUGACCCCCAUCAGCAAACUUUGGCACGUCUAGAUUGGGAGUUGGAGCAACGGAAAAGGUUUGUGGUGACUGCAAGCGUCCAGAAUGUGUAUUGUUUUUUUUUUGUUUGUUUUAAGGCCUUUCACGUACGUUGUCGUGAAUGCUGCAUUUCUCAAAAUGUAUUUUUCUGGCAUCUUUCCCAGCAUAGUCACCUGAACAACUCUAGCUUAAUGAAGCAGUUUUGGUGUAUAGAACAUGCCCCUGCAGCCUCACUGCUCAAUCCUCUGCCAUUUAGGAGUUAAAUCCCUUUGUUUAUGCAGUCCUAGUCACACCUCCCUGCAUGUGACUUGCACAGCCUUCCAUAAACACUUCCUGUAAAGAGAGCCCCAUUUAGGCUUUCUUUAUUGCAAGUUCUGUUUAAUUAAGAUUUUCUUAUCCCCUGCUAUGUUAAUAGCUUGCUAGACCCUGCAAGAGCCUCCUGUAUGUGAUUAAAGUUCAAUUUAGAGAUUGAGAUACAAUUAUUUAAGGUAAAUUACAUCUGUUUGAAAGUGAAACCAGUUUUUUUUUUCAUGCAUGCUAUGUCAAUCCUAGCCAGGGGAGGUGUGGCUAGGGCUGCAUAAACAGAAACAAAGUGAUUUAACUCCUACAUGACAGUGGAAUUGCAGGGGAAUGAUCUAUACACUAAAACGGCUUUAUUUAGCUAAAGUAAUUUAGGUGACUAUAGUGUUCCUUUAAACUGUAUCUAUGUGGUAAACCAAUUCAAAUGUACAUUUGAUAGAAGCAGGAUUUUACCAGUGAUUGCUUUGUUUUCUGUCAAAUACUAUUCUGUCUGUUAUCCUUAAAGAUUACAAUUCUGCCUCCACUAUGCUGCACCGAAAAUACCCUUUUGAGGCAUUUUCUUAAAAUCUUUUGGCAAUUGUCACUAGUUCCAAUGAGGUGACUCCGAGCCAGUAACUUGCUCUGAACAUGUUCUUAGAGAAAAAUAUAGUCUAGUGCCCACAACCAAAAAUGUGUUGUACAUAUUUUUUUAUUUUUUUUCUGUAGGUUGGCAGAGAAAUACAAGGAAAGCCUUGCCAGUAAGGAGAAGAUUUUAAAGGAGAUUGAAGUUAAGAAGGAAUAUCUGAACAGUUUGCAGCCCCAACUUAACAGCAUUAUGCAGGUAAUGUCUCUUAGAAUGUCCAGACCAAUGCAAUUGUCCCUACACACAUCCAGUCAUAGGCACACUCCUCUUCCAAGUCUGAUAAGAGAACAGUGGAGGCGGAAAGCCAAAAUAAGUUUGUUUGAUCAAAUUAUGUGACUAGAUGCGUGUAGGGAUGGUGUUCAUUGGAGAUUUUAACAUUGUAAAAGUGUGUUUAAUCUAUUACAGUAAAUGUUUCCUAUUAGUGGAAUACGUUGUACUUUUCUGCUUUUAAUUUUGUAGAUGCUAUCUGAGGAAUCUAAUUCCCUGGUUAAUCUACAGCACCAGUGACAUCCCUUUUAAUAUAUUAAAGGACCACAAUAGGCACCCAUACCACUUCAGCUUAAUGAAGUGGUCUGGGUGCCAGGUCCAGCUAGGGUUAACCUUUUUUUAAACAUAGCAGUUUCAGAGAAACUGCUAUGUUUAUAUUAGGGUUAAUCCAACCUCUAGUGGCUGUCUCAUUGACAGCCGCUAGAGGGCUUCCGCAAUUCUCGCUGUGAUUUUCACAGUGAGAAGACGCCAGCGUCCAUAGGAAAGCAUUGUGAAUGCUUUCCUACGGACUGGCUGAAUGCGCGCGCAGCUCUUGCCGCGCAUUCAGCCGGAGAGGAGAGUUUAACCCCUUCCUCUCCAUCCAGCCCGGCGGGAGGGGGUCCCUGAGGGUGGGGGCACCCUCAGGGCACUAUAGUUCCAGGAAAACGAGUGUGUUUUCCUGGCACUAAAGUAGUCCUUUAAGUGGUAGGGUUCUAGACUAUUGACAUUUUAUGUGAGAUUCUUGUUGCAGGUUUAUUUAUCUUGCAACAAGUUCACAUUUGUUUGCUACAUCAGCUACACUGUUACAUGGAUAUUUGGACAUUAGGAAUUUUUUAUAUACUUUUGGCACAUACUUUUUUCUUUUGGCUUAUCUUUGCUUUAUUAUUUUAUAGAAGUUUAUUUGCCAUUCUUACUGAUUUUGACACUUAUUUUUAUAUUUAUUUGGUAUUUUAUUGCCCUGUUUGAUCUAAGCUGCUGCUCCUGGUUUAUGAAUAUUUUUUUUCUGUUCAUUUUUGUUACAUCUUGCAAUGUACAUGGUGAAUAUAAUAUUUUUCUACUUGUGAUCUGUUAUAGUAAAUGUAAUAUUUUUCACCCAAUGCAAACUGAAUUUUUUUUGUUUGUUUGUUUUGUUUUCCAGGCUUCACUGCCAGUCCAGGAAUAUCUGUCCAUGCCUUUUGACUGCAUGCACAAACAAUAUGAAAUAGCACGUCACCUACCUGCACCCUUGUACGUUCUGUUUGUCCAGGCCAGUGCCUACAGUCAAGCAUGUGGUGAGUAUCCUUUGAGUGAUGGGCAAUUAGGUGCAGUAUAAGACGGGUCAGAUUUUUGUUCAGGGUCUUUUUUACUUGCUUUGAUGCACUAGUUAGUACAGUAUUUCUCCCAAAUGUUGUUCUCCAGGAAGCAAUAUUUCAUUGUAUCACUAAUUUUAAUACUGUCUGACCCAUAAGCUUAUAAAUAAUAAUGAUAUACGAUUAAUUACAUGAAGAUGGACAUCUUUGUUUGUAAAGUCUUUGAUUUUGCAAACGUGUGUUUUACAUAAACAUUCCUCUUUCUUUUCCUUUCUGUCAUUUGAUCUGUCCUUCAUAUUUACCUCUUAUUCUCUCCUGUGUUGUGUUGUUUUGUUUCCCCCCACCCUCCUCUUUUUGCCUUCAUGUUAGCCCACAUGAAGAGUUAUUCCCAGUACUAUAGGCAGGGUGAGUAAUUCGCUUCUGUUGACCACAUAUUUUGUUUUUAGCUCUGCAUGGUUUGGAUUUCCCAGGAUGCUUACUUAUUGAUCGAUAUUUCUUGGGAGACUUGUCCUGGCUUACUGGAGUAAAAAAAAGAGAUCAGUACUUUCUUACACUGUAUAUGCUUGUUAAACAAUGACCAGCACUCCACUGUCAAUUUGAACAAAAUCAUAAGCUAGAACUAUUAAACACAAUACCCGGUAUAUAUUGCCAUUUUGUUUGCGCACAAAUAUUCAUGAAGAACGUAGGAUUAAGCACCCUGCAGUCUGUGAAACUCUUAGUUCCCUAGCUUGUCAUAGUAAUAUUUUAUUUUUUAUUUUUUUUAUAUAAAUGUCUAGUUCCGAAGUAUUAUGCAUGUAAUCUGUUGUUUCUAAACAACUUCUUCUGCUUCUAAGUGCAGCUAUAUGUAGUUAUGGAUGCGCUCACACACCUUUUAUAACCAAAACAUAACCAUUCAUCAGUCACAAGGUUUUAUAUUCUAUUUAAAUAAGAUCUGCUUCAACCUGAAAGGUAGAUCAUCAGAUAUUGUUGAACCGCUCCCAUGAUGCUUUUCAUGCCUUUAGAAUAACAAGGCAUCAUGGAAGUUGUAGUUUUAAAACAUCCGGGAUCUACCUUUUGGGCACCCCUGCUUUAGUUAUUGAAAACCCGUCAAUGCAAAUAUACACAAUCACUUGUGGAUUUUUUUUAUUUGUUAUAUGAUACAUAUUUUCUUUGGACUUAGGAUUUCUAAAUUUCACCUUCCUUGUAAGGUAUUAUGUUUUCGCCCCCUUCUCUCCAUCUAUCUCUUUCUUUACUUACUCACAGUGUUUUAGCUUUAUCAUAAAUGGCAAACUCCUGUGCUCUGUUUUGUAUAACUUACUGUCUAAUUUACCUAUCCCCUCUUUGUAGACAAGAAGCUCGUGGUCUCCAUUGAAGGGAGUGUGGCAGAAGCAAGAGCUCUGUUUAAACCAACAGAGGAUUCUCAAGGUUAGUGCAUCAGUGUCAGGGGAUAAUACUUCACCCUUUUCAUGCAAUGGAGCAAGUACAGUUGUCCUAUAUUGCUGUAUUAUUGUUUAGAAAGAGCCAACUUUUCUGCAGCACUGUGUAGUGAGUGGACGACACAUACAAGUAAAUUUAGCAAGACCAGUCUGACUUUCAUGAAGAAUAGCUAUUAGAACGCUACUCAAACUUUCAUUUUCUAGAAAGUGGGGUAAUAUUUAACUGAAAUAGCAGUAAAGUGCAUAUUGAACAAAAAAAAAAAUGAACUGGUAUAUUAACGAUAUAGUUCAUAAAAUUAAAGGGUUUCUCCAAUCAUCACCACUACAGCCCUCUGUUGUGGUUAUGAAGCCAAGAGUACCCUGGACUGGUUCCUCAGUCAUGGGGCAGACUGUUAAGGACAGUUUCCUUCCUACAUGGGUCACAGCUGUGGUCAGAAGUUCCAUGGUGGUCCGGUAUGCUUUUGCUUUAUCGCCUGAAAACUGACUGCUCUCCCUCAAAGAUUGACAUUGUUUAAUGAAAGUUGCACAGAACUAACAUUAGCCAACCCAGAGCAUUGGACUGCGCCCAAUGCUGGAGUUACAUCUCCAGCAGAAGAGUGGUUAAACACCAUAUUAUUUAUUUAUAAAAUAUUUUACCAGGAAAGAUACAUUGAGAUUUCUCUCGUUUUCAAGUAUGUCCUGGGUCCACAAAUCAUUGCAUUGUUACAUUAGAUACAACAAAAUACAAAAACAAUAUUAAUACACAAUAUAUACAAAAUUUAACAUAGAACAGGCAGGAAAUAUAUAAUCAAUAGAGAUGUCGCAAACUUCUCGUGAACCGUUCGCGGCGAACUCCGGUCAGCUGACACAUCCCGGCCAAUCUCCGGCAGACCCUCCCACCUCCUGGACAGCAUCCAUGUUGAAGCUGCCUUCAACAUGGAUGCUGUCCAGGAAGUAGGAGGGUCUGGGAGGGAGGGUCUGCCGGAGAUUGGCCGGGAUAUGUCAGCUGACCGGAGUUCACCGCGAACGGUUCGCGAGAAGUUCGCGGACGGUUCGCGACAUCUCUAAUAAUCAACCAUGACACGUGCAUUCUGUUUUGAGGUAUGUAGAGAGGGAUCUCUUAAAUGACUUUAGGCUUAGGGAAGAUUUGAAAUUGUGCGGGAGGUCGUUCCACAAUUGCGGUGCUCUGUAGGAGAAGGAGGAUCGGGCUGCUUUCUUUUUGUAUUGAGGUAGACUAAGUAAAGUGCUUGUACUGGAUCGGAGCUUAUAGAAAGUGGGAACAGCUGGAGAAAGCAUUUUGUUCAGGUAGGGUGGGAGUUUCCCAGAAAAGCUCUUAAAAACAAGGCUGGAAAGAUGAAGGGUGCGUCUGGAUUCAUCAUGUCAUUGUGAAACAUUUCACUUAAGUGAUUUGAUGGGUCUGUGUGUGAUCAUGGUGCUUAGGGCAACCCUUUAAGAAGGGUGCAGACACAGAAAAGACAUAAGUCUUCAGUUAAGUGGCGAUGGCAGGAUGGAACAUAAUUCUUAAUUAGUAAGGAUUUGUAUACUCACACUGUUGCAGAGAGAUUUAAAGGAAAUGACAAGAUUGUUGAAUUGAACCAAGAAAUGUAAGAACUCUCCAGUUCCAUUAUCCUUUGAAUGCUUUUGUAUGCGGCUUUAAAAUAUGCAAACCUGCUUAUGUUAUACCAAUCAUCUCUCUAUACAAUACCAACAAAAUAUCCUUUAUAAUUUAAUUCCCGCAGAUGAUGAGAGUGAUUCAGAUGCAGAGGAAGAGCAGACAACGGUGAGAAAAGAAAAUGCUAACACGCUUAAUACUGACACUAGUAAACUGGCACAUGCGCGCUCUGCAACAAUUAAUGUUCUCCAACAUUUAUUAUAAAUAUAUAUUUUUAACUUGGCAAUUGGAUAUGUUAAUAAUUGGUAAAAGGACACACUAGAGUGCCUGUUGUCUACUGGCGCCAUCUCACUGUUCAGGGAUAAACCCUUUUCUAACAUUUUAACAUGAGGGUCCCCUGCAGCUUUGCCCAUCUCUGAGAAAGUUUGGGCCUGUACAGUGAUGGGCACUAGUGAUUGGCUGAAAGUUGAGUGUUCUGAUUUGCUAUGGCUAAUGCAAAGUUUAGGACAACAGUUUGUUUGUUUGUGUGUGUGUGUGUGUGUGUGUGUGUUUGGGAAUAAAAAAAAGUUUAACACUGUGGUGCGGUGCCGGGUUACUCCUGGCACCAUAACCUCUACAAUGAAAUAAAGAGUGUUCCUUUUAAGGCAAUUCCUGUUAAAUUAUAAUAGAGGUACAAGAAGGCCUGUUCCAGACACAUGGAGCUCAUUGUUCUUUGGACAGAUUUGUUUUGUUGUUGUUGCAUAUUACACAUAAUAUAUUGCUUAGGCACCUUGCAACGGACAGCCAACUGACAACUUAUUAGCAGAGUAAAUUUUAGGCAGGGGAAUGUCAGAUAAAAAGUGGGUGUAAUUAUAUGGCUUCAAACACUUAAAGGUACACUACAGUCACCAAAAUAACUUUAGCUUAUUGAAACAGUAUUUGUGUAAAGAUCAUGCCUCUGAAGUCGCACUGCUCAAUUCUCUGCCAUGCAGGGGCAUGAUCUAUACACCAAAACUGCUUCAUGAAGCCAAAGUUAUUUUGGUGACACUAGUGUCCCUUGAAUGCACCACCAAAUUCUUAUGUUUUGUGCUUGUUAGACCUUCUUCUAAAUUUGAACAUUUAAAUAAUGACUCUUUGAGCUAAUUGUAGUGGUUUUGUUCUUAUAAUUUGAGAAUUAUUUGCUUGAGUACAAAUACAUAUUUUCAUAGCUACCAAUGUAAGUAAUCUUUGCAUAGCUGUGGGUAAACCUUAUUCUAGCUCAUGAGUUGUAAAAUAAUGCAUACAUCUAGAUCAAGUGCUGUCAUUGCUUUUUAUUACAAAUUCACUUUCAAUCUUUUGGAUUAAUUGCAUGUAGAAACGACGCAGGCCAACUCUUGGAGUCCAGUUAGAUGACAAACGAAAGGAGAUGCUUAAAAGACAUCCACUGUACGUCUGCCUAACAAUUAAAUGCAAAGGUAAGCUAUUUGGGGUUCAGGAUACGAACACAAUCUGUAGAUUGUGAUUGCAAUGGUGUCAUUAUCUGUUUCCUUAAUUUUAGAUGGCAGUUCUCUAAAUCUGACUUUCUACUUCCUCACGAAUCUCAACAUCCUUACUGUGAAGGCCAAAAUAUCUUCAGCCUGUGAGCUACAAAGUGCAAUAAGUGCUGGGUAAGAGACCAGUGAGGGAAAAGUAACAUAAGUCAAAAGUCAGUAAUUAGAAGGUGAAAUAUGAGUUAAUAAACAACCUGUUCUAACCUAAUCAUAUUUUUCUUCUUUGACCUUAGUUAUUAAUUUAUGUAAUUUUUGUAUAAAUCAAAGCAUGCUUCUGAUUGAUGAUCAUAGUUCUUGGGGUGUAUUAUGCAGACCUUGAUUCCACUUUCUCCUCUGUUGUGGGCACACUUGUCUUUAAAGCAAAGUCCUGUGCCUUUGCAAAGAAAGAUACUUCCAAAUGUUCUAUGCUGAAUCCAAGUAAUGUAGGGACUGCCUACAUAACGGUAGAUGUACUAUCCAGAUUUUCUCUCUAAUACAGGUUAAUUUAACCACUUCAGGGUGUUUCAUUAUGUCCAAACUCUUACCUGUCUUUAACGUCGUUAAGAUGUAUUGAUACACUGUAACAUUUUGGAGUGAGCAAUGUUACAACCCUGCUUAAACCAGGGAGUCCUGGGUCUCAGUCGAUACCUAGGGGUUAAUUCUGUCGACUGGGGCCACUUUUACUGACCCCAAACUGUGAGAUGCGUUGCAUAAAGCUCUUUUAAAUAGAGAAUCAAUUACCCAAUGAUCGCUAUGUAGUGUGAUCAGGGUUAAAGCCCUGCUAACAGGAGAUUCAGUUAUCAAUAGAUACCUGGGAUUCCUCUGUCAGCUGGGGCAAUUUCUAGGGAGUGCUGCUACAGCCGUUAAAAUAGGCAUUUAUAUGUCUAUUGCUACAACGUGGUCUGAGCAGGGUUUAAGCACUGCUCACACUGGAGACCCAGGUAUCAUUUGAAACUUAAAGCUCCCCUUCAGUACACUAAGGUUGUGGACCUUAGUGUACCCAAGCUAGCCAAUGAGUUAUAUGAAGUGCUCAAAGUGAGCGUGGCAUAUAGCUCUUAAUAUCAAAUGAGAACACUGUGGCUGAGCUGAUUGCAAUCCGCCAAUGAUUCUCAGAUUGGAGCUGCUGGAGAAAGACCCACAGGGUCUCCCUUCAUGCCGCCAUGCCUUUUGUGAUUGGUGCUGGGCUUUGCUUGAUUUCAGUAUUUCAGGGAAGUCUCCCUGUAAUACAGAAAACAUCCAGCAUAUGGCAGCAACAUACCAUACUCUAGUGUUUUACCAAGGAAACACAUCUGCUGACAUCCGUACUGAUGUAGAAAGCAGCACCUUCACAAUGACAGACAACUUCCUCCGUCCUUAAGAGGUUAAUAUUGCAAUGAUGUUGUAAGUAGGAUUAGAAAUGCAUAAAAAGUAUUUCUAAUAGGCUGAUGGAAGCCUUAUGUAUAACCCUACAAUUUUGAAGGGUUAUACAUUAAUGAUGAAAGAGCCACUUUAAAUGCAUAAGUAUUAUACAUUUUAAGUAGUCUGCCAAUAGCAAUUCGAAUAUUUUACUCCCGUAACUUAAAGGCUGGUGUUAAAGUCGUAUAGCAAUAGUAGACCAAUUAAUGAAUUUGAAGGUGCAUUUUGGAGUUUAAAUCUUUUUAAUAUUUUGAGUGCAGGUGUAUGUCACCUGUGUGGAUGUGACAAAUGUAAUUUGUUUUAAUAUGAUCAGAAUCAGUCAAUGAAUAUGCAUUUUCAGUUUUACAUAGUAACUGAAUGUUUUAUCUCUAUCCUCAUGAUAGGGAUCUAUUGAACCCAGACUUAAUUUUGAGCUGCCUCUACCCUGGAGAUGAUGGAAAUAAGACCCCUAACCCUGCCAACAGAUACCAGUUUGAUAAAGUUGGGUGAGUUAUUACGCUGCGUGUUUUUACCUGACACACACACACACACAAAAAAACUGAUCCAGAUUGCCACAUAAUAUAUAUAUUAUUAUUAUUUUUUUACAUUGUAGCAUUAUAUCCCUGAGUGAUUACAUUUCAGAAUUGGGGCACCCCUACCUAUGGGUACAGGCAAUGGGUGGAAUCCAUUUCCCUACAGAUCUUCCCCAGGUAAGACAUUUUCAAUAUAUAGCUUUUGCUGAGUAGAUCCCGUUAAAUGAUAGUUAGAUUUUCUUUGGUGUGGAACAUAUGGGAUGUGUAGUAGUAAAGAGGAAAAAAGUGAAUUCCUUUAUUCAAGCCAACAGGGUAUUUCUGCACCCCAGGUUGAUUUUUCAAGCCUGUGACAUAAAAAUAAAAUUUGAAUAAAAGCAAUGUGAAACAUGCAGUCUGCCCUGGUUGUGGACAGUCAAUCUCUGCAUUCCUUCCGUUUUAUAUGGAAUUUGUUUAGGAAGCCCACAUUUGAUUAUCUGUGCAAUGUCUGUUGCAAAUCCUGCUAUUAGUGAGGAAUUCUCACAAGAUGUGAGUUUUGCAUUCCUCAAGCCUUCUAUUCAGUCAACCAGCAAUGUGUGAGACAAGAACAAAUCAAUUCCUACCUGUUGAAACUAAAAGAGGAACAUGUACAUUAUUUAUUUAAAUUUUUUUUUUUUUUUUUUUUUUAAUUCAAAGUAUACUAGUACAAGAUGUUCUUUACUACUUGGAAAAAAAAAUAAGUAAACUGGACAAAAAAAAAGCAACCCACCUCCCACAACCAUGGAGAACAAAUGUUCUCUGCGUAUCAGUGGUACCCGUGUUCAAGAGUUCCUGACAUUCAGGGAUAUAGGUAGGACAGAGUUAUUGGGUGUCAUCUUCCAGACUUUGAGGUCAAACCAUUUAACAGUUUAAUCCCUUAAUGUAAGAGGGGACCCAUGUCCUCCUCACACACUAACAACUUAAUUGCAAUGAAGUUGUUUUCAUACCUGGAGUGGUUCAUUAACUUUACACUUAAAUAUGUGUAACUUGCAAACCAAGAUUUUCUUUUUUUGAGAGGACAAUUCUGUGCAUGCAUACAGUUAACACACAUUUCCUUCACAAAACCGGUUUUCUCUUUCUGUCUCUUCUCCAAACAGCCAUCAAUCAUAGCGGACAAUGCUCUCAGUGCCAGCCAUAUGGAGAAGACAAUUAAUCUACUGAGGUGCAGAGUGCAAUCCCGCUUGUCUCUGCACCGGCAGUUCGCAUCUUUGGGUGAGUUUCUCCCCCCUCCCCCCCCCCAAAUCUCUGCAUGGUGACUGCAUAGCCAAAUGCUAAUGCAUUCUUUCAUUGGUAUUUCAGAGCAUGGCAGCAUUCCAGUAUCUGCUGAGUGCCAGCACCUGUUUCCAGCCAAGGUGGUGUCUCAUCUGACAAAGUGGCAUACCAUCACAUAUGAUGAUUACUUGGUGGGUAAAAAUAAUUCUGUCAAUGUGGACCUUUUUACUUUUGUCUGUACAUGGCCACUAAAAUUACAUUUAAUUUGUGCCACUUCUGGAAAUGGUCUUUCUGAAUGACACAAUUCUACAUCUUCCUUUGAAAAACUUCUGGAUGAGCUGUAAUGGAACUCAUUGAAAGUCUGUAAUAGCGGUGUGUGGCUAGUCCACAAGGCUUAGCAAAUAAUGCAAGUACGGAAGGGCUUGCAGUAGCUGCAGAUACUAGAUUUGUAUGCUCCCUAAAGGGGGGUGGGACGGGAGGGCAAUAGGUCCCCUGUUCAGUUUAAUAGCCCCGGGGAAGGGGGGCACUGCUCACUGUUUACUAGACAUGCCCAGACAGUAGGGGCAGAAUUUACUAUCACAAGGUAAAUAUCUUUUGUCCUUUUGGUAGAUAGCUUCCUGAUACAUCUGCGGCACGAAUAGGAUCGGAGUUUAAUUCAUUAGAAUGAAAUUCCAAUCCAAACAAAGUCCUGAAUUGCGUCCUAACACGAACUGUUCUCAUUCUGUUAGGGCAAAAUUCUGUAGUUUCGCCAGCAUUCUGUCUAAGUGACAGGAUGUUUGGGAGUACUGACAGGAAGCAUCGCAAGAUCACGGAUCAAAGGUGAGAAUUGUGGGGAAAUUGCUUUGAUCACUGGAAACGAAGCACACUUUGCUCCUCUGCUGGUCAACCGUAGGAAACCAGCAUAAGACAAAGUAGUGCCUACUUUGUCUUAUGUUUUAAAGAAAACUAGAGCAGACAGGAAGAAAUUAAGAAUAGAUCCUGACAGAGGGAGUGAAGAGGAAUCGAUUAAAGAAAGGUAAGCUCGGCAUGACAGUGCUGCUUUAAUUUUAUUCAGGAGGCUCUUGCAGGGUUUAGUAAGCUAUUAACAUAGCAGUAGAUACAAAAUUCAAAAUUAAACAGAAUUUGCAAUAAAGGACUUGUAAACAUUAGAUGACUCUUUACAAGAAGUAAAUAGGAAUUGUUUGUAAGUCACUUGCAGGGAGGUGUGACUAGGGCUGCAUAAACAAAAUGAUUUAACUCCUAAAUGGCAGAGAAUUGAGCUGCGAUACUACAGGGACAUGAUCUAUACACCAAAACUUCUUAAUUAAGCAUAACUUGUUUUAGUGGCAUUAGUGUCCCUUUAAUAACCCUGUCUGUCAAUGAAUUUGUCUCAAUUGGCAUCCUGCUUCUGCAGGAGAAGAUUGAAUGCAGUUUGGGUGCCCGGCAAGACUGUACUUAAAUAGUUUGAUUAUAGUGAGAUGGGACCAGGGCGUUCCUGGCACCAUAACCACUGUAGUGAAAAAGGAUGUGUCUCUGUUGAAAGCAGCUAAUGAUUUAUUUACUGCAGGCACUGCCUUACACAGCUGAUGUCGUAGAGUGUGGAUUAGCACAGGAUAUGUACCAAUACUACUCCUUAAUGAUUGAGCGAGGAACAGGUAUGAAAUAUGACCAAAUUAAUUUUAAACCAUGUUGUAGAUUUCUGCUAAUAAAACAACUUUGGAUUUUGGAUAUGCUAAAGCUCAAUGUGCGCAGUGCAACUAUUUCUCGUGUGUGUUAUAACUUGGGUUUUGUUUUUUUUAUGAAUUUAAUUGAAUAUAUCAUGGCAAAUUUAGGUCUGUAUAAUGUAGGACAACCACCAACGUACCAAUGUUAGAUGCUCAAAUAUACCACAGUCCAUCUUAUGUAAUUGAAAAUUUAAUUUCCUGGCAUCUGGGAUGAUGAAAUGCCUCUGUGUGGGUUUAUAAUAAAGGUCAAUUAUGAUGAGUUCUUACUACAUACAUUUAGUACUUGUGAAAGACCCCGGCAUUCAACCAAUGCUAGCCUCAAAAGCUUACUUUUUUUGUAUGUAUGUUGUUUUUAAUUUUUCUGUUUCUGAAAUAUUUGACUUGUCUUUACAGCCAAAAUGGAGGCUGUAAUUGUUUUGAACCCUGGUUACUGUGCCAUCCCUCCACUUUUCAGACUUUGUCUGCACUGGAAGGGUGAUCGUAGCUCCAGCAAUGAUGAAAAUAUUCGGGUAAGGAUAUACAAUAGUACUGACAUGACAAAAAUACUUAAAUUGUCUGAGUUUUGUUUUCAUAGAAGAUCACCAAGUUAACUUUUUGCAUGCAGAAUGUGAAGAGCCAGUGCUUGGGCCUAUGCAUUACACAGAGUGCUUAAUUCUAACUCGUAUUAACAGUAGUUUAAUUUUUCCAUUGAUCAGCAUGUAAUAGACCUCUAUAUUUUUUUUUUUAUUUUUUUUUUAAUUGCUUUGUCUCUUUCUCAGGCCAUGGAGACUGAGGUUAAUGUUUUCUACAAAGAGCUGUGUGGUCCUUCUCCAGGCUGCCAGCUCUUAACCAAUCAGCUGCAAAGAUUAUGCAUGCUUCUUGAUGUUUAUUUGGAGACUGAACGCCAUGAUAAUAGUGUAGAAGGACCCCAUGAGUUUCCCCCUGAGAAGAUCUGUCUGCGCUUGGUGAGGUAAGUGCCGCUCCUGCACUAUAAGGUUGUUUUUGUCUUCCAAACAUUUUAGAGUGGCCUUUUAUUGUGUCCAGCUUAAGGCACACCUGUGCAAUAAUCAUGCUGUCUAAUCAGCAUCUUGAUAUGACACACCUGUGAGGUGGAUUUAUUAGGAGAAGUGCUCACUAACACAGAUUUAGACAGAUUUGUGAACAAUAUUUGAGAGAAAUAGGCCUUUUGUGUACAUAGAAAAAGUCUUAGAUCUUUGAGUUCAGCUCAUGAAAAAUGGGGGCACAAACAAAGUGUUGCGUUUAUAAUUUUUUUCAGUGUAUGUAUCACCUGUCAGCCUAUUUUUGAAUACCUACAUCAAGUUUAGUACAGUACGGGCACUCAGGGCACUUGAUCUGUAUAAAGGAAAUAAUGAACCCACGGUUCAAAUGUCUCUGUGUAUACACCCGUACAGAACUCCCCCUGGGGACAAAACCCAGGGUGUACCGACAGAUGCCCCACAGAGACCAGUGUACCAAUAUGGGACUCCAGAAAUCCCAAACGGGGCUUAACCCCAAGAAAAACAAUAGGAAAGAUAUAUAGCACAGUGCGGUUCGUCUACCUAUUGUCAUAGGGACUAACCACACAUCUGGAAAUGUCUAUCGCAAUAUAGCGUCUAAUGGAAAAAUAACUAACGACCCAAAAACAAAAAAGUCAAAUAAAGUAUAUACAAAUGUGACUCAAAUUCCAUGCCAGAUAGAGAGGGUAUAUGUGGGGAUAGAAUUAAGCCAUCCAAUAUGCUAUCAAAAACCCUAAAUUAUCUGCUUUAUUAAGUUGUGGCAUUAUAAGGGUGUGAAAAGCAGACGGCUAUCUCCCCAACUGAAUACCCCACUCCAAAUUGUCAAAAGUUAGUAUAUAAAGAAUGCUCACAAUAGAGCUAGUAAAGGUACAGUGGAGAGAUAUACGAUGAAAAACAGAUCAGUAUUCAGUCUAAAAGCAGACUGGUAUUAGCAUUUAGACAAAGCCUCUCUCCCUGUAAAUCUAACUAGACAGGCAUAGGAAAUAAAUAAGGAAGAAAAUAAGUGUUAAGUAUAAAUCAUGGUGCUAAAGUCACCAGUGCUCAUAUGAAAGAUAUGAGAAGGAAAUGCCCGACGUACGUUUCGGUGCUAUAGAGGAGCACCUUCGUCAGGGGCCAACAGAAGACUAGUUAAGGGUCUAUUAAAUACAAGAGUUAUCAGGAGGCAUGGAUGUCUUGGACCAAUAGGGGCUAGGGGUGUACAUACCCAGCUGUGUGUAAUCUCCAAUACCAUGUUCAUGUCCUGGUGAAUCACGGAGUGCGUCUGGGGGCGGGACUAAAUGCCGAACACGUGACCGGGAAUACUGGAUCAUGUGUUUUAGCCGGCCGAACGGAAAGCCGGCAGGGUCACGUCGUGGGCGUCAUUGUGUAUGUAAAUUAUGUGGCAGGUCUCUAUUACGGCUAUAUGUUGCUCCGCCUCUCACAAGUAAGUGGGCGGCUACACAUCAGGCUGGGAGUCGCAUUGAAAAAAAUCGAAGUUACCAAUAUACAAGUAGAGGGGAGUCAGGGACUUGUGUAUGGACAAAGAAGUUCAUAAUAAAACAUCCCUAAAUACCCCCUGAUACACCUAUCAUUGUGUUCUCUAUAGGGUAUAGUACCCAUAACACACUGAGACGGAGAAUAUCUAGAUCAUAAAGGUACAAGGUAAUUGCUCAGAUGUAUCCACUCCAAGAAUUAUAAUCAGCAUUAUGAGCCCAGUAUAUAUAUAAAAAAUGAUAGUAGUGGUUCAACAGGGACUCCUGAAACCAAAUAAUAUUACAGACAGAUAACCCAUAAGGGUAAAUGUUCAGUCCUGAUAGUACAACUCAUUAUGAAAGCCUCCCUAUAGUAUCCAGUAUAUGAGUACAAGGUAGAAGCUAACUCAGUAUAUGGAUUUCCAUAUUCUUAAGAUACUCAGAUGUCUAGAUAUAGAUAUUCCAUAGUGUUCACCUGGAGUCUGAACAUAUAGAACACACAGCGAGGUACAAUUAUCACAAAUGUGUGUAUGGAAUAUUAGAUUAAUAUGGUCGUAAGGUGACAUCCAUGUCUACAAAAAAUAGUCAAAAUAAUAAAAAAAUUACUAAAGGAAAAUUAAUUAGAUAUAUUUACAGAUUAAACACUACACACGCUAUACUACAAAAUUUACAAGUGUAUCCGACAUAAUCAGCUAUUUAAUAAAAAAUAUAAAUACAAACAUAUCGUAUAUGAGUCAAAAGAGAGAGAUGGGGGCGAGAAACAAAGUAUGUUUAGUUGCCACGGUAACUAAGCAGCAAUGAAGGGUGUAUAGGAAAAACCCUCGUUUAACCCAUAUGGUGCCAAUGUUUUGAGUUUAUAAAUCCAGAAACUCUCUCUUUGGAGUAGUUUUCUGUCUAGGUCUCCUCCUCUUGGACCGAGUGUAACCUUUUCAAUGCCACAGAAUUUGAUCCCUGAUGGGGAUCCCCCAUGAAAGAGCUUGAGAUGUUUAGAAAUUGGAGUAUCAAUUGAUACUCCAAUUUCUAAACUUUGUUUCUCGCCCCCAUCUCUCUCUUUUGACUCAUAUACGAUAUGUUUGUAUUUAUAUUUUUUAUUAAAUAGCUGAUUAUGUCGGAUACACUUGUAAAUUUUGUAGUAUAGCGUGUGUAGUGUUUAAUCUGUAAAUAUAUCUAAUUAAUUUUCCUUUAGUAAUUUUUUUAUUAUUUUGACUAUUUUUUGUAGACAUGGAUGUCACCUUACGACCAUAUUAAUCUAAUAUUCCAUACACACAUUUGUGAUAAUUGUACCUCGCUCUGUGUGUUCUAUAUGUUCAGACUCCAGGUGAACACUAUGGAAUCUCUAUAUCUAUAUCUAGACAUCUGAGUAUCUUAAGAAUAUGGAAAUCCAUAUACUGAGUUAGCUUCUACCUUGUACUCAUAUACUGGAUACUAUAGGGAGGCUUUCAUAAUGAGUUGUACUAUCAGGACUGAACAUUUACCCUUAUGGGUUAUCUGUCUGUAAUAUUAUUUGGUUUCAGGAGUCCCUGUUGAACCACUACUAUCAUUUUUUAUAUAUAUACUGGGCUCAUAAUGCUGAUUAUAAUUCUUGGAGUGGAUACAUCUGAGCAAUUACCUUGUACCUUUAUGAUCUAGAUAUUCUCCGUCUCAGUGUGUUAUGGGUACUAUACCCUAUAGAGAACACAAUGAUAGGUGUAUCAGGGGGUAUUUAGGGAUGUUUUAUUAUGAACUUCUUUGUCCAUACACAAGUCCCUGACUCCCCUCUACUUGUAUAUUGGUAACUUCGAUUUUUUUCAAUGCGUCUCCCAGCCUGAUGUGUAGCCGCCCACUUACUUGUGAGAGGCGGAGCAACAUAUAGCCGUAAUAGAGACCUGCCACAUAAUUUACAUACACAAUGACGCCCACGACGUGACCCUGCCGGCUUUCCGUUCGGCCGGCUAAAACACAUGAUCCAGUAUUCCCGGUCACGUGUUCGGCAUUUAGUCCCGCCCCCAGACGCACUCCGUGAUUCACCAGGACAUGAACAUGGUAUUGGAGAUUACACACAGCUGGGUAUGUACACCCCUAGCCCCUAUUGGUCCAAGACAUCCAUGCCUCCUGAUAACUCUUGUAUUUAAUAGACCCUUAACUAGUCUUCUGUUGGCCCCUGACGAAGGUGCUCCUCUAUAGCACCGAAACGUACGUCGGGCAUUUCCUUCUCAUAUCUUUCAUAUGAGCACUGGGCACUGGUGACUUUAGCACCAUGAUUUAUACUUAACACUUAUUUUCUUCCUUAUUUAUUUCCUAUGCCUGUCUAGUUAGAUUUACAGGGAGAGAGGCUUUGUCUAAAUGCUAAUACCAGUCUGCUUUUAGACUGAAUACUGAUCUGUUUUUCAUCGUAUAUCUCUCCACUGUACCUUUACUAGCUCUAUUGUGAGCAUUCUUUAUAUACUAACUUUUGACAAUUUGGAGUGGGGUAUUCAGUUGGGGAGAUAGCCGUCUGCUUUUCACACCCUUAUAAUGCCACAACUUAAUAAAGCAGAUAAUUUAGGGUUUUUGAUAGCAUAUUGGAUGGCUUAAUUCUAUCCCCACAUAUACCCUCUCUAUCUGGCAUGGAAUUUGAGUCACAUUUGUAUAUACUUUAUUUGACUUUUUUGUUUUUGGGUCGUUAGUUAUUUUUCCAUUAGACGCUAUAUUGCGAUAGACAUUUCCAGAUGUGUGGUUAGUCCCUAUGACAAUAGGUAGACGAACCGCACUGUGCUAUAUAUCUUUCCACUUGAUCUGUAUGCAUUUGGUCAAGUGCCAUAGCCUGCUUACUGGAGGUGGUUGCACACCUUUAUUUUUCACCGCAAUUUAUAUUUUCUUCAACCCUCAUAUCUGCACCUUUUAUUCCAUAUGCAGGGGAAAAAAUGUGCUGCUGUUGAAAAAAUAAGAAAUAAAAUGAUUCUUUGGUGUACUUGUGGAAUAAGUUGCCUAUCUAGGUGUUGAUGGUGUUCUGCUAUAUACUAUUCACCAAAAGAUAAACAAGUGCACUUUUUUAUUUGCCCCUGGUCACACCACACGUUAAAUUACAGGUGUGGAUGAAUUUCUCUAAAUUCUACAAAUCAAAGUGGAGUGUAGCUGUGAGCUUGUACGGUUUACAGAGUUAACAGACUUUGAUAGCACUAUAGCAGGUAUAGUAAGUCAUGCUUUCUAGAUAUUGUGUAUUUUCUUACUUAUUUAGCUCUAAUCUCAGUAUACCAUUUUCUAGGAGUUUAUCAUUAUUCAUUCUAGGAGUUUCAUCCCUCAAGGACCAGUUAUUUUGUAACAUUUUGUUAUUUGCAACUUUUUCCUGUAGGUUGCUACAUUGUUUCAAUUCUAUAUCUACUGCUGCAUUUUGGUCUGUUAGUUACUUUUCACAUAAAGCUUGUAUAUCCAAAAUUACAAUAUGUCCGGUUUAUAUAAUGCUAAUAGCUGUAUCUCUUUAUAUGUCUCUGCUAUUUACAAUUUAAUAAUACUCAUUCAUACAUUCCCCUGACCUGUUUGUUUUUUGUUUUCACUUAGUAUGUAUAUAUUUUUCUUGUCUCACUAAUUUAUUUUUCUCUAAUAGAAGUCUGAAUAAAGGUCAUAUCAAAAUAAAUAGUUCAAAUCUCUCUACCUUUUUUAUUUUUUAUUUCCAAUAGGGGACCAAAUCGCAUAAAGCCAUUCAAGUUUAACUACCCGCAAGGAUUCUUCAGUCAUCGCUGAACUCUUGAUUCAUUUGCGUUUUCUCCAGAAUUGUCCAGGAUAGGUCUUUUUCCUGUAAUGCAAUACAUUAUAAAUACCUUUCCAAAGUGUUUAUAGAAUAAAAUGUUUUUUGAAGAAUGACUUAACACCUGAUCAUUUUGUGUUAUGUGAAGAUAAGUUAUUACCUCUGAUAUAAAGAUGUCACUUUUGUUGCUUUUCCAUACUUUGUAAUAAAGGGUCAAUUACCAGAACUUUACAUAAGGUUUAAAGGAACACUAUAGUGUUAGGAAUACACUUUAGUGCUGGAGUGUAUGUUUAGGUUACCGGCCCCCUCUCUGUGCAGUAAAAAGGUAUUUAAGCUUACCUUUUCUCCCUUACAUGCCUACAGUCCAGUGCUUUAUCAUAGGAAAUCAUUUGGGGGCAAAUGCUGCAUUAAGUAGCAGCUCCUUAUUUCUAGCGGGAUGGUGGAGAAACAGGAGUGGCAGGGAAAGGGUUACCUGCAGGAUUGGUAGAUAACAGGGACUGGCAAGGAAGGUGUUCACAGGGAGUGGCAGGAAAAGUUUACCUGCGCAAUUGGCAGAUAACAGGGACUGGCAGGGAGGGGUUACCAGCGUGAUG